AUGAAUAUCACGAUAGGCCCGCCAAAUCAAACACGGAAUGUCUCGCUAGGCACUCCAGAUCCCCCACGGAAUAUCUCACACGCCAGAUCACCCACUGAAUAUCUCGCUAGGCCCGCCAGUUAUAUCCCACAGAAUAUCUCGCUAGGCACACCAGAUCACCCAGUGAAUAUCUCGCGAGGUCCGCCAGAUAACCCACGGAAUAUCUCGCAAGGCCGGCCAGAUAACCCACGGAAUAUCUCGCAAGGCCCGCCAGAUCACUCACUGAAUAUCACCCUAGGCCCGCCAGAUAACCCACGGAAUAUCUCGCAAGGCCCGCCAGAUCAAUCACUGAAGAGCGCGCUAGGCCCAUAUUCCAGGGCAUAUCACGCUAGGCCCGCCAGAUCACCCAGCCCGCCAGAUCACUCACUGAAUAUCUCGCUAGGCCCGGCAGAUCACCCACGGAAUAUCUCGCUAGGCUCGCCAGAUCACGCAAGGGAUAUCUCGCUAGGCCCGCCUGAUCACCCACUGAAUAUCACGCUAGGCCCGCAAGAUAACCCACGGAAUAUCUCGCUACGCCCCCCCAGAGCACUCGCUGAAUAUCUCGCUAGGCACGCCAGAUCAACCACAGUAUAUCUCGCUAGGCCCUCUAGAUCAACCACGGAAUAUCUCGCUAGGCCCGCCAGAUCACACACUGAAUAUCUCGCUAGGUACGCCAGAUCUCCCACGGAAUAUCUUGCUACGCCUUCCAGAUCAUCCACGAAAUAUCUUGCUAAGCCCGCCAGAUCACCCAUUGAAUAUCUCGCUAGUCCCGCCAGUCCGCCAGAUAACCCAGGGAAAAUCUCGCUAGGUCCGCCAGAUAACCCACUGAAUAUCACACUAGGCCCGCCAGAUAACCCACGGAAUAUCUCGCUAGGACCGCCAGAUCACUCACUGAAUAGCACGCUAGGCCCGCCAGAUAACCCACGGAAUAUGUCGCUAGGCCCGCGAGAUCACCCACGGAAUAUAUCUCUAGGCACGCCAGAUCAAACACAGUAUAUCUCGCUAGGCCCUCCAGAUCACCCAAUGAAUACCUCGCUAGGCCUGCCAGAUCACCCACGGAAUAUCUCGCUACAACUUCCAGAUCAUCCACGGAAUAUCUCGCUAUGCCCGCCAGAUCACUCACUGAAUAUCUCGCUAGGCCCGCCAGAUAGCCCACGGAAUAUCUCGCUAGGCCCGCCAGGUAACCCACGGAAUAUCUCGCUAUGUCCGCCAGAUAAUCCACUGAAUAUCACGCUAGGCCCGCCAGAUAACCCACGGAAUAUCUCGCUACGCCUUCCAGAUCAUCCACGGAAUAUCUCGCUAGGCCCGCCAAAUCCCCCAGUGAAUAUCUUGCUAGGCCCGCCAGAUCACCCACGGAAUAUCUCGCUAGGCCCGCCAGAUCACCCAUGGAAUAUCUCGAUAGGCCUGCCAGAUCACACACUGAAUAUCUCGCUAGGCCCGCCAGAUCACUCACUGAAUAUCUCGCUAGGCCCGCAAGAUCAUCCACGGAAUAUCUUGCUAGAUCACCCAGUGAAUAUCACGCUAGGCCCGCCAGAUCACCCACGGAAUAUUUCGCUAAUCCGUCAAAAUCACUCACUGAAUAUCUCGCUAGGCCCACCAGAUCACUCACUGAAUAUCACGCUAGGCCCGCAAGAUCAUCCACGGAAUAUCUCUCUAGGCCCGCCAGAUGACCCCCUGAAUAUCACGCUACUCUCGCCAGAUCGUCCAUGGAAUAUCUCGCUAGGCCCGCCCUCCAGAUCACCCACGGAAUAUCUCGCUAGGCCCACAAAAUCACUCACUGAAUAUCUCGCUAGGCCCUCCAGUCACCCACGGAACAUCACGCUAGGUCCGCCAGAUCACUCACUGAAUAUCACGCUAGUAUCAAGUCUUCAUCGCGAGGUUUCUAUUGCUUCUUUUAACCACCACCCCCGCCCCUGCCAUCCCUUCUUCUUCUCUAUAACAUCCCCUUCUUCAUCUGAUUCUUCUCUUUUUCUUCUUCUUCUCUUCUUCUUCCUUCUUCUUCUUCAAGUCCUCGAUUCUUCUCUUUUUUCUUCUUCUUCUUCUUCUUCUUCUUCUUCUUCUUCUUCUUCUUCGUCUCUUUCCUCCCUUUUCUUCUUCUUCUUUGUCUUCUUCUUCGACUCUUCCCCUUUUCUUCAUUCCCUCUUACACUCUUCUUCCCCUUCUUCUUCUUCUUCUUCUUCUGUUUUCCCCUUUUCUUCACCUCCCCUUACACUCUUCUUGUUCUUGUCCUUGCCUGCUCCCUGGCUUCUUCUGACCCUCCUCCUCUUUUUCUCCCCACUUCUCCUCCACUUUUUGUCUAUUACUUUUUAUUGA